AUGCAGCUGCAGUGGGGAGGCCGGACGUUUUCGCGGUCAAGAUUAGGGGCAUGCAUGGGGAACGGAGGACUGCAGAAACUAGAAUACUCUCCCGGUGAAUUCAUCUACACAACCAAAUUGCCCACUACGGUCUCAAGUCCAGCCCUCCCUCGACCGAUUGAUCCCUUCUCUUCGCUAUCUCCCGAGCAGAAAUCAUUGCUUCACCAUUUCAUCCAGGAUGCGUCGCAGAUCACCGCAUGUCACUCCGGCAUGCAGAAGGAUAUCUGCAAAAUGCUCCUGCCAAUGGCCCUCCAGACCCCCUCGUUACUAUACGCGACCAUGGCGCUGUCGGCAAUCCACUUGCAGGCAGUAAACAAUCAAUCAGAGAAUGUCAAGUCGGCGCCGGACAUCGCACGGUCGAUGGCCCUCAGCCUGGAGCACUUCCGCAAGGAACUGCAGGACCCGAGCACCAGGGGUUCGGAUGCGCUGCUCGCAACAGCCCGCACGCUGUGCCUAGCGGAGAUCCACUCGGGUGCCAUCCAUCCAAAUUCGUGGCAAGCUCACAUGGAGGGCGCAAAAGCCCUCAUGCUCGCGACGAACCGCCGCGGGGGCGAAUCCCCAGGAUCAUCGCAGGGUUUCCGCAGGUAUCUGGACCGUUGGUACCAGUCGAUAGUCUCGCUGACGGCAUUGACGGGGAACGGGCCGCCCAUCGAAGAGGCGACGCAUUGUCCGAGCCGGGAUAUCACCGCACCAGACUAUCUGGAUGAUUACUGGGGUUUCACGGUGAACCUGUCGCAGAUCUUUCGCGCCAUCGGCGCCGCAGCCUGGCGGAGCCAUCACUUACAGAAUUCAGGUAUCAUUGAAAAAGAUACGCCGAGUCUCAGCAACGAGGCAACGAUUCUCGAGUCGUCGGUGCGCACGCUCAUGGCGCAGAACGCUAGCGCACAUCCGACGUUCUAUCCAGGCGUCGGCGAGGGGCUAUCGAACGAAUGCAUCCGCGAAUUCAUGCUCUGCAACGAAGCCUUCCAGCACAGCGCACUCAUCCAGAUCCACCGGCGGCUUCGCAAGACACUUACUGCGUCGCCUCUUGUGCAGCAUUCUGUCAAACGCAUCCUGGAGUGCACGAUACAGAUCGGGCCGUCGGCGGGUCUCAGUCCGUGGACGAUGCUCACGACCCCCUUGUUUAUCGCGGGGUGUGAAGCGCGGGGCGAGGACCGCGAGAUGGUCAGGCAGCUACUCUCGCUGCUGCAUAACACCAUCCGUGUACCGAAUGUGCUCCAGUCAAUGAAAUUCUUGGAACAGUACUGGGCGAACCAGUUGAAUGAGGAUGAAGGCUGGAGCCACUAUCUAGGACUAGAACGGAUGAGAUUCGAUUUUAUCCCGUAUUGA